GUCGCGCAACAUUCGCGUUUUUCGGAAGGUGGCAGCAAGUUUAUUGUUUUUGUUUCGUGUCACUAAACUUUGACGAUUCCAUCGUUACCUACAUUUUCUUACCACAAAUCGAUCGUCGGAUUAAAUAAGUGAAAAUCGGUAGCGCGAUCCGUGCGGUUUAUUUUUUCCGAUGAAAUAGAACAGCAGCUCGAAGAAUCUAACGCGAAAUAGUUGCCUCGAGAUCGAGACGUGCACUCGCCACCACCGCCGCAGCAACUAGCAGGAUGUCCUAUCGUAUUCUCCGGAAACUGCAGGGCAACGAGCUCGAGAUCAAGGAACCGAUCGAUGAGAUUUCGGAUGGUGCCGAUGCGGACUACGAUAGCACUAGCAUCAGCAGUCAGAGCCGCAUCAAGAAGAUCAACAUCAAUCGAUUCGAUUUGCUAAACCAACAGCAGUCGCUUUCGGAGAGCGAAGUCAAGGAGGACGACAACGACGAAACGGAACGGGACGCCGCCGGCGGAGCGCAAAACUCCAACCUGGCCGAGUGCAAGAAGAAGAAGAAAAAGAAGAAGAAGCGCGCGGGCAAGUAUGUGGCCAGUUCGGCUCGCCGCAGCAGCGAGGACAACGCAGACAUCGAGGACGACUUUGCCAAAACGGUGAAGGAGGUCGAUCGGCUCUUUGCGGGCUACGAAAAGUCGGAAAACAGCGCAGCCGUGGCCAACAGUGCCACCGGUAGCGGAGCGGGUUCGGUUGGGAAAUCGCUGCUGACGAUACAGCACAAGAACCUGAAUCCGCAGUACGAGAUGAAGCGCAUGUUUGGCAGCAAGGUGGUUACCGAUCAGCAGAACAAAAGACGAAACAACCGUGGUGCACCGCGAACGUUGAAGUCUACCUAUUUGGUCAAUCCCAAAGACAACUGGCCGCCGGUUGGCAAAUCCGGUAUCUACAUGAAUUUGGUACAAGCACCGGAGCAAGCUGCCGGCAGCACUGCUAAGGGUGCACCGGAUAAGAAUGUGACCUACUUUGCGUUCGAGCAUAGUCCGUCGUACCGGCAGAUCCAGCAGAAGUUCUUGAAUGCCGUCGAGAGUAUGGACUCGGACAAUAUUAUCAAGAUCAUCAAUCAGCAUCCGUAUCACGUGGACUCGCUGAUCCAGCUGAGCGAGUUGUGCAAAAUGUCCGAAGAUCAUGCGAUGGCUUCGGAACUGAUUGAGCACGCGCUGUUCGCGUUGGAGUCGUCAUUUCAUACGAUGUUCAGCUUAACGCAGGGUAACUGCCGGCUUGACUAUCGUCGGCAGGAGAAUCGAGCUUUCUUUGUGACACUGUUCAAGCACUCGCAGUACCUUGAGUCUCGAGCCUGCUCGCGGACGGCGCUGGAGGUGGCAAAGCUGAUUCUUACAUUCGAUCCGAUCAACGAUCCAUUGGCGAUUAUUCUGAUGAUUGACUUUUACGCCAUUCGUGCCAAGCAGUACGAGUGGUUGGCUCAACUGUACGACGAAUGGGAAUCGACGAACAACCUUUCCCAGCUCCCAAACAUGGCAUACUCGUACGCGCUGGCGUUGUUUCAUCUGAAACGUAUGGACGCAGCCGAUCAGGCAGUGCAGUACGCUCUGAUGAUGUUCCCGGCUGUACUGCGGCUACUACUGGAAGAGCUGGCCAUCCAACCGGAUUCCCGUGUCAUCGGUCAUAGUUAUUUCGCAGCGAGCACCUACGAUAAGGCCACGGUGGCACUGCAACAACUUACGUCGAUGUACGUCUGUCGAUCCAAGCUGGUCUGGAGAGAUACGGAGAUUCUACCCUGGUUGGAACGGAACGUGACCGCGGUCCUGGAUCGGGUUGAUGCCAAGGAUGAAAUUGUGGCCGAGUUCACCGCCAAAAGGAAUCAGAGGUACAUGAACCCUCCGAGGGCGAUCUUGCGGCACAUUGUACUGUCGGACUUCAAAGAAAAGGUUCCGCUGGCCCAGUUCAUCAAAAAGGAAACGGAACCGGUGCUGAUGUACGAUCCGUUGCCUCCACUGGAUACAAUCAACAUCUACAGCAGACCCUCUAUCAGCCCGACCACGCGCAACAUGAUCAACGCAUCUCCAUUUUCGAUGUUUUUCCAAUCGCUGCUUCCGAGCUUCAGCUUACAGCAACCCCAACAGCAGCAGCCUGGUCAGCUGCCACACCGUGCUCGGGAGGCCGGUGAGGGCCCUGCUGGAGCCGCCGCAGUUGUCGCCGCCGCUGCCGCUGCGGGUGCUGGAGCGGCAGCAGGGGCUGGCGAGGGGGCCAUCGCUGGCCUCCAGGCGUACACUAAUUCGCUCAACUCGAUCGUGGAUGCCAUGCGAGACUUCCUGUCGGACAUCCGAGUACUCGAAAGGCCCAACGACGCCGACGUGGACGAGAACGAAAGCAGCGAUGGGGACGAGCAGAAUGACUAUCUUACGUAAGGCGGUGGAAGACAUCCGGAUAUCCCGAGGUACGUGAUAAUCGUUUUAUGUUUAAAUUUUUGUUUUAUGCUAAAUUUUGGUGGUUGCGGAGAAAAGAUCAAGGACGCGUUACAUGUGAUUUCUUAACUUUCAUCAUCACACGAAGGUAGUCAAGUUCGAGUUUUUUUUUUUACUUAACUAAGUGCGUUUGUAUUUUUUGUUUUGCUCAUUUAUUUUGAUAUGAAAUGUAUUUUUGUUCGUGUGUUGUACCACCAUAUAGAUAUCUUAAAAGUGAAAGAUUAAUCAUUGUUAAGUUGGAAUGCAAGUGUUAGCUUUAGCAAUCGUAGGAGGCACUGUGUAGUACUCGGUCGCUUCCAAUGGAUGACUACAAUUGUAAACAGAGCGCUUUAAAAGAAAUCAAUAAUCAUCGUUUAUAAUCAAAACGUUAUUGCAAAGCUGAUGAACGGAAAGUAUAUUAAUAAUGAAAAAAAAAACUGACAAAAUACAAGCACGGCUAAAUCAGUGCCAACAUUUCAAAAGGGUGGAAUUGAUUUUUGUAAACGAUUGCCUUUAGCCGUCUAUUUCUCGCGAAUAAAAGUUCAGGAAUGUUUCCUCUACCAGCAGUACCAAAAACAGUUUCGUCCUAAUGAAAUGUUGGCACUGAAAUUUUUUCUUUCCUCCCACAUUUAUUGAGCUAUAUUUACUCACACUGAUUGUAAUUGCACCGGAAGCAUUCAGUUUUCCAAAUUUGUACCUACAUGUCGAUGAUAUCAAAAUCAAGUAAAAUGUUUAAUCAACAAUAUCAUAGUAAAGAUCAGAUGUUUUAAAAUGUUACAACGGUCCUCUCGGUCUGACAAAAGGUCCUCGCUGGCUUUAAUCGCUGGCGGGUGGUUGUCAGGUGAGGUCGUAUAUUUAUCAAAAAAUCAAUAAAUGACUCAACGAUGGUACACAUAUAUUUCGUAUAUUUUACGCUAAGCUACAAAUAAUAAUAACCGAAAUCAUUCAGACUGCAAACAGCGAGGCAAAGGCAUACGAAAAUACCCGUAUAUGAACGCAAAAUACAUUUUAUCGAGCUCCAUAUUUAUUGAUAUGUACCUAUUUGCUGUCAAGAAAUUGAAAAAGUUGUAGGUACCUAUUUACAGAUCACAGAUGAAAAUCUUAGAAUGUGGCAAACAGCAUACAGAAGAAAAAAAUAAAAUGUAAUAAUCUUUGAAAAAAAAAAUGAUAAUUAUCUAAGACGUCAGAUUAUAAAU